ACGUCUGUGGUUCACAAGCGCAACAAUUAAUAUCGACAUUAGUGACAAAACGAUAAGUAAAUAAAUAAAUAAGAAAACGCUGUGUCUAUAGUAGCGUUUUUCUUUAAAAUUCCUAACCUUAUAUCCACGUAAUUACGUGGAUUUGGUGCGAAUAGACACAGCGAUAAGAAAAAUGCCGUACGCUAAUCAGCCUACGGUUCAGAUAACCGAACUCACGGAGGAAAGCAUAAAGUUUCAGGUCGAGGACACCGAUCUCAGUGUCGCAAACAGCUUGAGAAGAGUAUUUAUUGCUGAAACACCAACGAUGGCAAUUGAUUGGGUGCAAAUAGAGGCCAAUUCUACUGUCCUCAGUGACGAGUUCCUAGCACACAGGAUUGGAAUGAUCCCUCUGAUAAGCGACGAGGUUGUUGAGAGAAUGCAAUACACAAGAGAUUGCUCAUGUAUGGACUUUUGUCCAGAGUGUUGCGUAGAAUUUACAUUAGAUGUAAAAUGCUCCGAAGAGUCAACCAGACAUGUAAGCACAGCAGAUUUGAAAUCCAGUGAUCAUAGAGUGGUUCCAGUAACAUCUAAGCACCGUGAGGAUGACGGAAACGAUUAUGGAGAAACAGAUGAGAUUCUCGUAGUCAAAUUGAGAAAGGGACAAGAAUUAAAACUCAGAGCUUAUGCUAAAAAAGGUUUUGGUAAGGAGCACGCAAAGUGGAAUCCCACUGCAGGGGUGUGCUUUGAGUAUGAUCCUGACAAUGUUAUGAGACACACACUGUAUCCUAAGCCUGAUGAAUGGCCAAAGUCAGAAUACUCAGAAUUAGAAGAAGACCAAUAUGAAGCUCCUUUUAAUUGGGAAGCAAAGCCUAAUAAAUACUACUUCAAUGUGGAGAGCUGUGGGUCUUUGAAGCCGGAAAAUAUUGUCAUGAUGGGAACUGCUGCUUUAAAAAACAAACUAUCAAAUUUGCAAACGCAACUGAGUCACGAAGUACAAAGCGAUGCACUCACAAUUCACCACUAGUUUCAUAAAUUGACAUUAAAUGAUCUUUAUUAUUGUAUUUUGUAUAUAAAUAAAUUAAA